AUGAGGGUCAUGGAGCUCACGAGCAUACAGGAAGCAUUAGACAAGGUUUUGUUUGGGAAGCAUCAUGAAGUGAUCAUUAUUCCUGACGAUGAAGACAACGUUGUCCAUGGAGUACUCCGUGCAGUGAAGAGCAAAUACAAGGUGUUUGUCAAACCAGGAACUCACUCUUGGAGAGGAUUCAUACCGCUGCCUUUCAAGUCUACGAUGCAUCUGUUUGCUGCUGGUGAAGACUCGACAUUUCAGGUUGAAGACAGGAAAGUGGCAGGGAAAGUUACCCUCGUCGGGCGUUGGGGAUCAUUCCUGAACCUCACCCUCUCAUGGAGAAAGGGCACCGAGAGUCGUCCGACAGAGGAGGGGGAGGCUGCUGACACGUUUCGAUCGUGUUUACUUAUCUACGGCUCUCCCUGGCUGAUUGAGAACUGUGAAUGUCUCAGCAGUGGAGGAGUUUCAAUGGCUGUUUGCGGUUUUGGUCAAGCAACGUGUCGAAGUUGCAGGAUGGGGGGGAUAGAGAAGGAGUUUCCAGCGUCGUGUGCUCUCUUCGUUAAUCAGGGAGCGAAACUACUAUUUAAGAGCUCUGUUGCCAAGUACUCAGCGUUUGGGUUGUACAUGGACGGUGUGUCGUUGGAGGAAGCGAAUUCGUUUGCAACUUUCGAGGAAAGAUCUGCAUCGAUCGCGCUUGUUUUCAUGACAAUUCCGCUUCUCUCAGGAGUGUGUUUGCGGGGAAACGCCAAGGUGGCCCUGUGGAGCAGCAGCAUGAAACAAAACAUGCAGAGCUCACUAAGAGUGUUUGCAAAUGAGUAUACAGACGUUGAGCUGGAAGACCUUGAGAGCACCGAUGGGAAGCUGUGGGAGGACAACAACCGUCCUCGACGACUUGUUGAGAAGACUGUGAGAUGGCAGCCGUGUGAAGAAGUGAAAUCCUUGCUUGUCGACAUGUAUGCUCGCAUGUCAGAGAUGAGCGUUACUCCUCCCUGCCUCUCCCACUCCUCCACAGGUCUGAAGAAGGAGGAAGUGCUGGAGCUGUGCGACGAAGAGAGCAUCGAAGAGAUGAAGUGA